AUGGUAGCUCACUUCCGUCCGAUUAGUUUAUGCAACACCAUCUACAAAUGCAUAGCUAAGAGUCUGGUGAAUAGGAUGAAGGGAUUACUUCAGAAUCUUAUAAUGGAAUAUCAACAUGCUUUUAUCUCGGGAAGAUACAUGGAAGAUAACAUUAUUUUAAGUCAUGAGUUACUUCAUUUAAUCAACACCAACAGAGGGGAAGUUCAUAAGGCGGCGAUCAAGAUUGACAUGUCAAAGGCCUAUGACAGGGUGAACUGGCUUUUUCUCCUAAAAAUCUUACAGGCCUACGGGUUUCCUCCGAGAUGGGUGCAGUGGAUUUCUCAAUGUAUCUCGACGGUGUCAUACAGAACCCUGGUGAAUGGACAGGUGUCAGAAGCUUUUAAGCCAAGCUGUGGUUUAAGAAAAGGGGAUCCUCUCUCCCCUUAUCUCCUUUUGUUCUGUAUGGAUAUCCUUUCAAAAAUGUUGAUCAUGGGAGGGAAUCUAGGCCAAAUUAAAGGGCUCAAGGUAACUAAGGAAUCAUGUCAGAAUCUAACGAAUAUUAUUGAUAGAUAUGGAGGUAUUUCAGGCCAACGCUUAAAUUUGGGGAAGUCUUUUGUGAAGUUCAGGAAUUUGGUUCCGAGAAAUCAGAUGGAGGAGUUUAAGGAAAUUCUCAAGAUUGGUCAAGUCCAGAAUCUAGGUCUCCAUUUGGGGGCUCCGGUCGAUCUUGCCCGAGGAAAGAAGGAUUCUUUUCAGUAUAUGAUCGAUAAGGUGGUGCAGAAGAUAACAACCUGGGGGACGUUGAGGAUUUCUCAAUCAGCAAAAUUAAUCCUGAUAAAUUCAGUUCUAAUAAGCAUUUCUUCUCACGUUAUGAAGUUCCUUAAACUUCUGGGGUACAUUGUGAGUAAAAUUGAUGCACUAAUUGCGAGAUUCUUUUGGGCCAAAAAUGGGGAGAAGGGUAUGCAUUGGGUUGGGAAAGAAACUUUACAACUCCCAAAAGGAAUGGGAGGACUUGGGGUUAGGGGAAUGGAAAACCUCAACGAUGCUUUGUUGUUUCAACAGGUGGCUAGGAUGCAUUGCAACCCGCAGAUCUUAUUGCCUAUGCACUCUUGCACCAUGUGUGAUAGGCGUCCUCAUUCCGAACUAAGAGGUAAUGCAUCAUGGGGCAGACGAGGUUUCCACAAUGUAGCUAACAAAUUUUCUACGGGUUUUUCUUGGAAAAUUGGGAAUGGGGAGAAGGUCAAAUAUGCGAGUAUGAAGUGGGUAAAUGGAGAGGUGCCGAUCCUCAAGUCUAGUCUUGUGCUGAGGGGAAUGGGGUUAGGCAUGGUCAGGGACUUAAUUAAUAAUUCUUCGGUGAAAGAAUGGAAGGCGGAGGUGGUACGUGAGAAAUUCGAAUGGUCUUUAGCACAACAGAAUUUAGACCUGGAGCUUCCGGUGGUGGAAAAUGAAGAUUUUUUGUAUUGGCAAGCUCACAAGUCGGGGAGGGAGGAGCUUAGUAGCCCGGGGGAGGAACAAUUGUUUAAACUCAUUUGGAAGCUGAAAAUUCCUCCCAAAUGGAGCUUAUUCUUAUGGAAGCUCAUUUUGAAUGAGUUAGCUAUUAAGGCUAAUUUGCAUCAUAGAGGAAUUCCGGUGGACGUUCUGUGUAGCGUGUGCGGCGAUAUUGAGGAGGAUGCUCAACAUCUUUUUCGAUUGUGUUCUUUGGCUAGGUAUGCGUGGCUUGCUUGUCCGUUGCAUAUCAGCUCUGAAAUUGAUGGGUCUACUCCUUUGCAACAAUGGAUCCAGAGACAUAUCCUGCUAUUUUAUAACGAGGAUGGUAUUUCUAGUGACUGUAUACACACUUUUAUUGGUGUGCUGUGGGGCCUUUGGAUGGCUAGGAAUGGGAGAGUUUUCAGAAAUGAGGACGAUCACACGUCAAGUCUGGUAAGACACUUAGACUUAGCUGGAAAGGAGUUAAAUGUCUUCCUAAAGCCAGAUGGUGGAACCGCGGGAAUUUUACAGGAGUUGAGGCCCGUGGAGGGGCCCCCACCAGGAUUUCAUAGAGUGCACAUGGGUGGUGGUAGUAACUUGUCCAAUAGGUGGGAUGACAAUUUUCGAGAGGUGACAAUCAUAUGUGAUGGGUCGUGGCACAAACAAAUAGGUAAUGGUGGCUUUGGUUGGGCUUAUGCUACCCAUGUAGGGGUUUAUGUAGAUGGUGGGGCCGUGGGGGUGGUUUUUGCAAGGCUAGUGCGGCUUUGUGUACGGAGCUGA